GCAACUUUGGUCAAUAUUCUGUCUUUUUGCAAAAUUCCGUCGCAUCUCCCCUUGCGACGCCGCAAAACUUCGUCUUUCAGACGCAGCAAAAGUGCGUCGGCCCUCCGGAGUGCAAAUUCAACUCAAGGGUCGCCAUUUUAAGCUCUCGGGUUUAUAGGGAAUGUAUCCUUAUGUAAAAGUACGCUAGAGUUGCGCACAAACUGCGGCCGGCUGCUCCUAAUGGCGCAGGAAGAAGCGUUCCGCCGCCGCAAGCUGAAUUUUAACGAGGAGGAGACCGAGGUCCUGAUCCGUGAGGUGACACUGAAUCAGGAGCAGCUGUUUGGUAGAGGUGUCGCCAAAAUCCCACCAGGGGCCAAAACUAAGAUCUGGCUGUCAAUACUGGCCAAGGUUAAUGCUGUGUCCAAGUGUACCAGGGACAUAGGAGACAUCAAGAAGAGGUGGUAUGACAUGUGUCAUCGGACUAAAGAUAAGGUGGUCAGACUGGCACAGGAGGCAAUGCAGAGUGAGCGAAUUGCCCAAACUCUGCAGCAGGAGAAUGCCAUUCAGAGCAUUGCUAACUAUGAUCCAGCCCCACUGAGUACCAGCAAUGACAGUGAGCCCAGCACCAGUAGGAGCAGCCGGGAUGGCCAUGCAAGCAGAGACAGGGGCAGUCAACAGAAGAAACCUGCACUACCCAGCAAGAUGACUUGGCAAGCCAAACAGGUGCCAGUGCAGCCAUUGCCAGAUCAUCCAGUCCAGUGGCCACCGGUCCUGCUAUUCACUAUGGACCAGAAUGCUGCAGAGGAAAGCAACCAGGAGCCUCAAGGUCACCAAGCUAAUGUAGACUUCCAUGAGACCAUUGUUGAUGUGAAACAGGAAGACAUUAGUUCAAGCGUUGAUGUGGAUUAUUCUUCUCCAGAAAUUGGAUCUCCAGUAGUCUCCCGAGAAGAAAGUCCAUUCCAGCUGGGGAAGAGAGGGCGUAAGCAAAUUUCUGAGGAAGAACUAUUAGGUAUCCAGGAGCAGCACAACCUAUUACUCGGGGUUGGCAAUGAUGAGUUGCAUGGCAUCAGGCAGGAAUUAAGAGAGCUUCGAAAUGACAUUCAAGAAUUGACCACGACUAUCAGACAACCCUUGGAGCGCCUGGCAGAUUAUGUACAGGCACUCCUUCCAUUGUUGCAGCAUCCUCCUCGUCCCCACGUGACAGAGACGACUGAUGCUUUCACACAGCACGAUAACAAGGAGUCUAGUGAGUUCCAUUCUCGUGGCUGCCGGACUGGGCGAAAAGCCCGCAAGAGAGCAAAGGUCAAUGUGCAAUAAAGACAAGUUCUGGCAAAAAUGCCAGAAACAAUCAGCAGUCCAGGCAGCAUCUGUGGAAAGCGAAUGAAUUGAUGUUUCUGGCUGGGAACCCUUCCAUAGAAUUGGGAAAGAAAGAAACAACAAACUUGUUUCUAAUGGAAGCUUUUUUUCCCUAGAAUGCCUACCUUGAAGAGGUUCUCCGACGGGACUUCCAUUUGUCCCUUUGACUCAUUUUGCCAAAGAGUACUUAACAUGAAGCAUUAACUGUUUCUCUGCUUGCAGAUCCUGCCUAACCUGCUGAGUGCUUCCUGUAUUUUCUGUUUUUUUAAUUUAAGAUUUAUAGUUUCUGCAGGUUCUGAUCUUCAUCUGAAUGUAUAAUAUGUGUUUGAUUAAGAUGAAAAGACAUAAGAGUAGUAUUAGAUCAUUUGGCCUAUGGAUUUUGCUCCACCAUUUCAUCAUGAUUAAUUUAUUAUCCCUCCCAAUCUCAUUCUCUUGCCUUUUCACCUAACAUUUGCUGCCCUUACUACUAAUCAAGAACCUAUCAAUAUCCGCUUUAACUAUACCAAAUGACUUGGCCUCCAUAGCCAUCUUUGUCAAUACAUUCCACAGAUUCACCACUGUCUGGCUAAAUAAAUUCCUCUUCAUCUACGUCCUUCUAUUCUGAGGCUAUAUACUCUGGUCCUCGCCUCCCCCACAAUGACAUCUUCUCCAUGUCCACUCUAUCCAGGCCUUUAAAUAUUCAGAAAGUUUCAAUAAGAUUCCCCUCAUUCUUCUGAACUCCAGUGAGUACAGGCCCAGAGCCAUCAAAUGCACCUCAUAUGUUAACCCUUUCAUUCCUAGGAUCAUUCUUGUAACCUCCUCUGGACUUUCUCGUAUGAUGUGGGCAUCGCAGAGUUGUGGCUCAUGUGGUUCUUUUGAGGGAAUUUGAGUAGCUAAGGACCAAAUUAAAAUGUAGAACCAAAAAGGUAAUAAUCUCUGGAUUGUUACCCAAGCCAUGUGCAAAUUGGGUUAGUAAAAUCAGAAAGAUAAAUAUGUGCCUCAAAGAUGGCAUGGGACAAGUGGGUUUAGACUUUGAUAGAGUUUUGCUACAUUCGUUUUCAUCUCUGGGUUUACUUGAUUGCACAAUAGCUUUUAGUUAUAUGUUUAAUGAAUAAGUUUAUGUAAUGCUGUUAUCACCAGGAUUUUAUUAAUGUGUGUUGUUGGGAGUAUGGAGCGUUCAAACAUUACAUUGGUUUGGAUUGUUCAAAUGAAGUAUUUUGGACUUGGCUGAAUUAGACAUUUGAUCACAUAUUUUUGUAGUGUGAACAAUUUGAGGCAAUGAAUUACAUUGAUCGCAAAAUAAGUAUAUUGUCAUGACAUUAACACAUUUUUGAUAAUGUAUAUUUUCCUACAGUGUAUUGGUGUGAGUAUACAAAAUAUGGCAAGCUAAAAUGAAAUGUUGCUCAUUGUGAGUAAUCUUAAGGCUGUUUUAAGAGUAUACAUAGAUCUUAAGCAACACUUGUGAAAAUGUUUCUGAAAUGGGUUAACUUGAAAAUUUGUAACAACAUACACUCAGUGUCCACUUUAUUAGGUGUAUAUUCGUGGUCUUCUUCACAGUAUCCCUAGCCCAACUACUUCACGGUUUGACGUGAUCAGGAGAUUGAGGAGAUCAGUGGCUUUUGACAUACUCAAACCAUCUUGUUUAGCACCAACAUCUAUUCCAAUCGCUUAGGUCACAUUUCUACCCAUUUUGAUAUUUGGUCUGAACAACAGCUGAACUUCUUGACCAUGUCUGCAUGCUUUUAUGCAUUGAGUUGCUGCCACAUGAUUGGCUGAUUAGAUAUUUACAUUAACCGGGUGUCCAGGUGUACCUAAUAAAAUGGCCACUAAGUCUAGUUCAUCUGAAGCUUUCAAGUGCAAGAAACAAUUGUGAAAAUGCUUCUGAAAUAUGUAACAUUAAACUUGGAAGCAACAGAAAAAUACUUACACUAUAUUAAAAUUAUAUUACACAAAUGAAGCUCUUAGCAAUCAUUUCAUUGGAUUAAUUCACUUUGUUAAAGCAAUGACUUGUGAAUACAGUGAGGGC